AUGAACUAUCUCCUGCCUUCUGAGUGGACAAACACUUUUAUCCCACUACAGGACCAGUGCCCCGUGUCGUCUCUUGAAUCAAUUGAGGACAUGUUUCGCAAGGAUACUGGAGAGGAACUUUGGGAUUACUUUUCCGAUUUCGCUUCUGAGCCAAUUGGGGCCGCUUCCCUAGCACAGGUGCACUUGGCAACCAUCAAGGGACUAGACCAAAAGGUUGCGGUCAAGGUUCAGCAUCCUGAGCUAGAAGGUUGGGCACCUCUGGAUCUUGCUUUGACCCGGUAUACGUUCUCGACAUUGAAGCGAUUCUUCCCAGAGUAUGACCUCGAGUGGCUCUCAUCCGAGAUGGAUGUUUCCCUUCCCAAGGAGUUGGACUUCCAGGAGGAGGCUGACAAUGCCCGUCGAAUGAGGGAGCACUUUGCAAAGAUACCGCAGUUACCACUGAUCAUCCCCGAGGUCAUUUGGGCCAAGAAGCGUAUCAUCGUCAUGGCUUGUGAAGCCGGAAAUCGUCUUGACGAUCUCGAGUACCUCGAUAAGAGCGGAAUUGAUCGUGAUGAGGUCUCGGCUACCUUGUCCCGCAUAUUCAACGAAAUGAUCUUUGGUGAUGGGGCACCACUACACUGCGACCCUCAUGGCGGCAACAUUGCUAUCCGCAAGAACACCAGUCGACGAGGUCUUGGACGUGGGCCAAACUUCGAUGUCAUAUUGUACGAUCAUGGUCUGUAUCGCGAUAUUGAACUUCCCAUGCGAAGGUCAUAUGCUAAGAUGUGGCUUGCGGUCAUUGAUGGUGACAUGGAUCGCAUGAAGAAGUACGCACACGAAGUUGCUGGUAUUGAGGACAAGGACUUUCCUCUCUUUGCCUCAGCCAUCACUGGUCGGGAUUACAGCAUUGUCAGCAAGUCUGGAUCUAUUCUCGAGAAUAGGACUGCCGACGAACAAAAGACAAUGAGUGGCGCUCUGCAGGAAGGCUUGAUCGUCGAUCUUGUCCAGCUCCUCAGCCGUGUCCCUCGAAUCAUCCUUUUGAUCCUCAAGACAAACGACUUAACUCGCAGCCUAGACGAGAACCUUCAAACUCGUCAAGGUCCUAUUCGUUCCUUUAUGAUUCUGGCAAGAUACUGCACAAAGACUGUAUUCCACGAGAAGCUCGAAGAGAUCAGCCAAAACGGGUCACUCUUCUGGCCUCUGAACGUUGUACGAGUAGUUGCCGCGUGGGUUGGUUUCAUGCGAGUUGAGAUUAAGCUGGAGGCCUUUGAGCUGUGGCUGUUUACGAAAAGGACGUUGGGUCUGGGAAGCGGAGAGUUCUCGGGGGCGGCGUUCCAAAGGUGA